CCCCCUCUUCAGUCCUUCUAUUGGCUCUCCUUACUUUAUUGGUCUUCGAUGGCUUCUCUAUUUUCCUCUCGUGGGGUGGUGUCCUUUGUAUUAUUGUUGGGCUGGUGGGGGUUCCAUUUGAUGGGUUAUAAUUGUUGCUACGGAGAGGGUAUGGUUCCGGCAAUGUAUGUGUUCGGGGACUCGCUGGCGGACGUGGGGAACAACAACCAUCUGGAGACUCUUCUCAAGGCCGACUUCCCCCACAACGGCAUCGACUACCCCGGCCACAAGGCCACCGGCCGGUUCAGCAACGGCAAGAACUCCGCUGACUUCCUUGCUGAGAAGCUUGGUGUACCAUCCUCCCCACCUUACCUCUCCAUACCCUCCAACUCCAACAAAACCGAUGUUUUUAUGAAUGGUGUCAGCUUUGCCUCCGGAGGCGCUGGAAUCCUGGACUCCACAAACUCAGGCCAAUGUCUGACACUUAACAAACAGAUAGACUACUACUCCACUGUAUAUGGAACUCUGGUUCAGCAGCUGGGGAGUGCUCAAGCUCAAGAACACCUAUCCAAGUCUAUCUUUGCCGUCAUCAUUGGAAGCAAUGAUAUGCUCAAUUACGUCAAGUCCAGCUCUAGCAAAAACCUCAAGAGCACUCCUCAACAAUUUGUUGAUUCCUUGAUUUCAUCGCUGCAAGGCCAGCUAAAGAGGAUCUACAACCUUGGUGCUCGUAAGUUUGCGUUCAUAGGCACGGGGCCUAUUGGUUGCUGCCCAUCACUAAGGCAUCAGAACAAGACAGGAGACUGCAAUGUGGAAGCAAAUUACCUCUCGGUUCUGUACAACAAAGGAGCUACUUCUAUGCUGCAGGAACUAAAAUCACAACUUGGUGACAUGAGUUACUCUUUCUUCGAUACCUCCAGUGCAUUGCUCCUGUACAUUCAGAAGCCAGCUAGCUAUGGAUUCGCUGAGGUCAAGGCUGCAUGCUGUGGCUUGGGUGAUUUGAAUGCCAAGAUUGCUUGCAUUCCAAUUUCUACCUACUGCUCCAAUAGAAAGGACCAUAUUUUUUGGGAUUUCUACCAUCCCACGGAGACCACUGCCGGAAUGCUUGUAAACACUGCUUUUGAUGGAGCACAGCCCUUCGUGUACCCGAUGAAUAUAAGGCAGUUGAGUGCUCUCUGAGCUUAAGCCCAUUAUAAAUAUGUAAAGACUACGUAAUUAAAGAAAGAUUAGAGUCCAUUCAAUUAUGUAACUUUGUCAAAUUGUGACCGAGAUGAAGGGAAAUGUUACAUGAAGAAGGCCCGGUUGAAAGUGACAACAGUUUAGAAAACGUUCAAAAAAAAAAAAAAAAAAAAUCCAUUCUUACGAACCAUAUAUAUAAUUUUCUGUAUCAGCUUCUCAAUCCCCAAAACAUCUUAACGUUUAUGCCCACAAAAUAUUAUUUGGGAGAAAAAUUAAUGAUUGUUUGCUCAA